AUGUUACAAGUGGAACGCGUCCGCAGCAGAAGACGUAAAGCUUAUGUAGAUGAGGACGAUGUAGGAGGAUUCUGGGAACUAGCUAAGGAAGGAUUCGGAUCCGCUUUUGCAACAUUCAUGGUUGCGUGGAUCACUGUGUAUUCGGCUGUUUACCAAAGUUUCGUAACAUUUGUGAUUCUCGGGCAGCGGUCGGCAUUCGAUAAUUUGAAAACAUCUGCGCUAAAAGACUCAAUUUCACAGCAGGCCGAAAUUUUGAAAGAGAAUGUCGAGAUUGUUGUCCCCCACGUUGAUUUCCCGGACAUUGUUGGAUUUUGGGCUUCGUGGCCGCUUUUCAGUAGGAUAUCCAAGCUCGUUACAUCGCAGUGGUACGUUUUCCUAGAGUCAGAGUCUGUUGUAGACGCGUCCACAUUAUUCUCAUUCCUGAAAGGUUUUGAUCCAACGAAGAAAACCUUCUUAGGACACGGUCUUUACGACAAGAGCCCUACCAUCAUACAUCAUUUUUACGGACAUGAUCGCGAUGGGGACCGGAAGUUCUUAUUCCCUGAUUUCGCUGCCGGUUUUGUUCUUUCGGGAGAGCUGUUGACUAGCUUAGCUGCUGCAAUGAAUACUUCAGCUGCUAAAGCAACAGACACGUUCACGAUUGAUGCAAAGCAUGAGUUGUCGCUGCUGAUUUUGAGGCAAUGCAAGACAUCUCUGGAAUCCUAUCCGGAUUGGUUCUGUAAUCGAAAGGAAAUUACGUGUACCGACGAACCUUUGAUCAAACCGCAGGACAUUUUUGUGGGAGUGAAAACGUUCAGUGAAUAUCACACUACCCGCAUACCAGUCAUAAAGCGAACCUGGAGUGCGCAUCUGCCGUUUAUCGAAUAUUUCAGUGAUUUGGUGAAUAAUGUGAUUCCCACCGUUGACUCUGGAGUGCCUAAUACAGAGCGAGGGCAUUGUAGCAAAACUUUUGUCAUAUUGAAACGCUUCGUCGAUCUAUUGGACGCUGAUGUUAAUUCACAAAAGUUUUUGUGGCUGCUUAUCUCCGAUGACGACACAUUGAUCAGUAUUCCGCGUUUACUUCGUCUGCUGUCGUGCUAUGACAGCAAUGAAAAGAUCAUAAUAGGUGAACGAUAUGGUUACGGAUUCUCUAGCUUUGGCGCCACCGGUUACGACUACCCGACUGGCGGAGCAGGAAUGGUGUUCUCCCCUUCUGCAGCUCGAGCCAUAGUCUCCAGUUGUGCGUGUCCUGCCGAUGACGCACCUGAUGACAUGAUCAUUGGUAUGUGUUCUCAAAGAAAUGGCGUAGCCAUAAUCCAUAACUCCGCAUUUCACCAAGCCCGUCCGAUCGACUAUCCAGAUCAAUAUAUUCGAAGACUGUCACCGAUCUCAUUCCACAAGUUCGAAGAUAUCGAUCCAUACGAAGUUUACAUGGAGUAUCUCUUUCGAACCGCCAGUAUUUCAGAGAAAGACCGAGCUUUAGCAUUUCUCACAUUGCUUUCAGUCACGAUGGGAGAUGAAGGUGAACCCGUUGAUCAUGAGCUCUCGUCGAAGCCAGCGCUUUCUGCAGAUGCUUGUGAAGGAGCCGUUCCUCGAACACCGCCUGAGGAAGAAUACGAAAGCUCAGGAACUACAGAUGAUUCUUCUCGAGAUGGUGAUUCUCUUCAUAUUGAUGACGAGCUCCAGGACUCCACAUUGGCCGUACCGACAUCUUCUUUUGCUGUUGAUAACACCGAUGGCGAUGGUAAGCUGCAUCGUCCCCUACAGAUAUUGUGGUCAAAACUAAGGAAGCUGGGAUGUGUCGUGGAUGCAGCUCAGGUGAAACCUACUCGCAGGAAGCUCAAAUGUUACGUUGAUCGCUGUGUUUACAAAGGCGGACCAUUUGACAGUCUCCAACUGAGAUGCACACUCCCACCAAAAGUUGAACUCGCAAUUCAAUGGAUUUGUGUUUGUGUGUCAGACAUAAGCCGUCAGAAUGACUUCAUCAUCAAAUUCAUUAACCACCUUGAGAAAGGAGCCGAUGAAUCGUCGCCACCAAUUCAAACUGCGACACGCGAACAGCUGAUUUCAUUCCCAUUUCGAGUUUGCUGCCGGCAUUUCUCUACAGAACCUGAUCAUGGAGCUAUUCCAGUAGCGCCAAUAUACCACCUUCCUGGAAAAUUAUCGAUUUCUCGAGAAGAGAUGCUGUCGAAACUUCGCCGUCGCUAUCUCUUUCUUUCUGAAAUGGGAUAUGAGGAUCUUGAGAUAGAUAAAUUAGAGCCAAAUGGUGUUUUGCCUCUGCCUACGGAUGGUACAAUUUCCUGUGACGUUCCUGGUUGCCGUUAUAAAUCCUCCGAUAUUUCUAUCUUUACUGGGAGGCUUAUGAAGAUGUUCUCCGUUCCAGCCAACAGUGUUGAUCAUGGAAAAUGGCGCAUAGCCGUGCAAAUGGGACUGGGUCUUCCUAGUUCGUUUGAUUUUCCUUUGAAAGAAGGUGCUCACAUUUGUGAAAUGCAUUUCACUGAAGGCAAACGCUAUUCGCGAGGUGUUAUGAAGGAUCCUUACAUAUUUCGUCGGUUGACAGUAGAGGGAAUUAACCCUUCGCUAUCUCGUCUUGGAGCGCUAUGUUUAGGGCAGUGUGCCGUCAACAGCUGUACAUAUAGCGAAGAGGACACGAUUUGUGUGCCGUUUCCUAAAUCACGUAAAUAUUUCCAAAAAGACCCUCUUUAUUCUCGAUGGAUCGUCUCUCUAUCUGAAGCUGAUGAAUCUUUCCAGUAUGGAGAAGGCCUAACCAUUUGCUUCCGUCAUUUUUCGAUGGCUGCAAAUGAUGGCCUUGUUCCAUCAUUGCACCUUGGAAAUGAAGCAAAAUUGGAUCACCCUCGGAGUCGUUCGACCAUGAAGAGAAGAGUGGCGGAUGACACGAAUAAAUCGGAAGGUUCUGGAGAAAGUAGCUGUUGUGUGGAGAACAAGAACAUUCUUGCUAUCGUUGAGAGAAUGGAGAUUCAGUCUCGUGCCGUGGAACGCCUUGUAUUACACUUGAAUUCCAUGUGUAGAAGUGGUUUUGUUCCGACGGAUGGUACACUGGAAAGGAAGGUCAAAUUCCAAUUAUUUGACAUUUUGUCCGAGCUUUCAGAUGCACGGACUGGUUAUCAUUUACGUUUGAGGCUCAGAAUUGAUGAAGCGGUACGUUACGAAGGUGAGAGGCAAUCGUAA